CCAGAAGACACCACUGGCCAACCCGGAUGCACAGUGUAUAAUAUUGCAAGCUUCAUAGGUUUAUUUUUGUCGAGACGGGAAGCGUAUUUUUAUCUUAUAAUGCUGUAACUUCGUCCGAUUAUUUUUCUCCUUUUUUGAUUACAGUUACCGAAAUUAUGUACGGCUUCAGUUAAGUAAAUGACAAAAUAGGCCUGGACUAUGUUUGGGCGUUCGAGAAGCUGGGUUGGAGGAGGCCAGGGGAAAUCGAAAAGUAUUCACUCCUUGGAUCACCUGAAGUACAUGUAUCAUGUUUUAACGAAAAAUACCACAGUGACAGAUCAUAAUCGGAAUCUGCUGGUGGAAACUAUUCGUUCCAUUACUGAGAUUCUUAUAUGGGGAGAUCAGAAUGACAGCUCUGUUUUUGACUUCUUUUUGGAGAAGAACAUGUUUGUCUUUUUUUUGAACAUCCUCCGACAGAAGUCUGGCCGAUAUGUGUGUGUGCAGCUUCUUCAAACUCUGAAUAUUCUUUUUGAGAAUAUAAGCCAUGAGACAUCACUUUAUUAUCUACUUUCCAACAAUCAUGUCAAUUCAAUAAUUGUUCAUAAAUUUGACUUUUCGGAUGAGGAGAUUAUGGCAUAUUACAUCUCAUUCUUGAAGACACUCUCUUUGAGACUCAACAACCACACUGUACAUUUCUUUUAUAAUGAGCACACUAAUGACUUUGCACUCUACACGGAAGCUAUUAAAUUUUUCAACCACCCGGAGAGCAUGGUCAGAAUAGCUGUCAGAACUAUCACCCUUAAUGUAUAUAAAGUGAAUAACCAGCAUAUGCUGCACUAUGUCAGAGACAGGACUGCUGCACCCUACUUUUCUAAUUUGGUCUGGUUUAUUGGAAGUCAUGUAAUAGAGCUCGACAACUGUGUUCAAACGGAUGAAGAGCACAGAAACAAAGGAAAGCUAAGCGAUUUAGUUGCGGAGCAUCUCGAUCAUCUCCAUUAUCUCAAUGACAUCCUGAUUAUAAACUGUGAAUUCCUUAAUGAUGUAUUGACAGAUCACCUCCUCAACAGACUUUUUCUUCCACUCUAUGUGUAUUCUUUGGUAAACCAUGAAAAGGAUGGUGAUCGACCUACAAUAAGCCCUCAGGUGUCUCUCUACCUCCUUUCACAGGUGUUCCUUAUAAUACAUUAUGAACCACUGGUGAACUCCUUGGCAAAUGUUAUUUUGAAUGGUGACCUCUCAGUCUUUUCCCAGCAAUCAGAGCAAGAUGUGCAAAAAAGAUUUAUUAAUUCAAGUGUCAGGCGGUUCACAAAACCUGCAGAGAGUUUAGAAAGAUCUUUGGAAAUAAAUCGUCAAAGAGGAAAAAAGAGAAUGCCACGGAGGCCAAACUACAAGAAUGUUGGAGAAGAAGAUGAGGAAGAAAAAGGCCCCGAAGAUUGUCCAGAUGAUACUGAGAAGGCUAAAGUUACAGAAUCAAGUUCAAAGAGCAACAAGACAAGCGGGGAUACAGAGGAAAUUGAGAUGGUAAUUAUGGAGAGAUGCAAGAUGUUCGAAAUGAUGGGGCUAACAGAGCUGAACACAACAGAUGAAGAGAAGACAGCAGCAGCUGCUGCUGUAGCAGAGGUCCAGAGAAGCAGACCAUUUCUAGAUAUGGUGUAUAAUGCACUGGACUGCACAGCAGAUGACUACUAUGCCCUUUUUGUUUUGUGUCUUCUCUAUGCCAUGUCCCAUAGUAAAGGUGUCAAUCCACAGCUUCUAGAGAAGAUUCAUCUACCCCUUCAACAGGUGGAAAAGAGCACUUACAGCCAUGUUCUGACUGAAAGACUUAUUAGGAUAAUGAACCAGGCAGCGCAACCAGAUGGGAAAGUCCGAUUGGCAACCCUUGAAUUAAGCUGUCUAUUACUCAAACGGCUAGUCCUGUCUGGAAAUGAAUGUAUUAUUAAAGAUGUUCACCUGGCUUGCUUGGAGGGUGCAAGAGAAGAAAGUGUCCAUCUCCUGCGUCGAUUUUAUAAGGGAGAAGAAAUUUUUCUAGACAUGUUUGAAGAUGAAUAUAGGAGUAUGACAAGUAAGCCUUUAAAUGUAGAGUACUUGAUGAUGGAUGCUUCCAUUCUCCUUCCUCCCACUGGCACACCACUGACCGGCAUUGAUUUUGUUAAACGGCUUCCAUGUGGAGAUGUGGAAAGGACAAGACGGGCAAUCCGGGUGUUCUUUAUGCUCCGGUCCCUGUCACUCCAUCUCCAGAAUGAGCCUGAAACCCAGCUUCCAUUAACUAGGGAAGAAGACCUAAUUAAAACAGAUGAUGUUUUAGACCUGAAUAACAGUGAUUUAAUUGCUUGUAUGGUGGUCACUAAGGAUGGCACUCAGGCACAUCGUUUUCUUGCAGUGGAUGUCUACCAAAUGAGCCUUGUUGAACCUGAAACUAAACGACUUGGCUGGGGAGUAGUAAAAUUUGCUGGUCUCUUGCAGGACAUGCAAGUUACUGGAGUUGAAGAUGACAGCCGUGCUUUGAAUAUUAUUAUUCAUAAACCAACAUCUAAUCCACAUGCCAAGCCAAUUCCUAUUCUCCAAGCUAACUUUAUCUUUGCUGACCAUAUUCGUUGCAUCAUAGCAAAACAGCGACUUGCAAAGGGCCGCAUUCAAGCACGACGAAUGAAAAUGCAAAGAAUAGCAGCACUUUUGGAUCUACCAGUUCAGCCUUCAGCUACUGUUCUAGGUUUUGGACAAAACUCUGCUACUUCUUCCCAGCACCUUCCAUUUAGAUUCUAUGACCAAUCACGCCGUGGCCUCAGUGAUCCCAGUGUGCAGCGCUCUGUGUUUACCUCUGCAGAUAAGGUGCCAGGCUUUGCUGUGGCUCAGUGUAUAAGCCAGCACAACUCUUCUCCUGUGUCUUCACCCUCUCCCCCAUCCAGCGCUAGUACUAGUGGCAGUACAGGCCAUUGUGACUCAGUUGCUGGUAGCACAAUUUCCACUCCCUCAGCUGCUCAGAGCCCUUCAGAUGAUCCCUCAGUUCCAGAUGAAAUUCAGACACCCUUUUCCAGCGUGAUUGAAUAUGUGGAUGAGACUGGCUCGACUUCUUGUAGCCGAGCACACAAAAAGAGUUCUGACCAUGAUGGUGCUACUCCUGCUUUGGCACCUAGCCUAACUCCAGCACACCAGCCAACAAUCUCUCUUAUUUCUGAUGACAACACGGAUGCACUCAGUGUGGAGUCAUUAACUCUUCUGCCUCCAACUGACCCCAAGCAAAUUCACAGCUUCAGCAGCCAGCGUUCUGUACAGUCCGAUUAUGCUGGUUCAAGUGAUGGGGACCAGAGUACUGAGCUGCAGGACACAACAGAAGAUAGGGCAUAGAUGUGAUCCUGUUUUACAGGGUUAGUUCUACAGCUCAAUGAUCUUUUAAAAAUUUUUCAGCAUUAUUUCUAAGCUUAACUAAGAUACAGACCGACGGGAGCAUCUUACUAACUUCUGUGUAACAUGUAAAUACAAUGACUUGUAUGUAAAUAUAAAUGGAAGUUGGAAGGCAACUGUUCUGUUACAGUUUUUAUGUUUUAUGGCACUGCUAGUACUUUCCCUACAUUUCUUGCAACAGAAUCCAAUGUGGCAUUUGCAUUGGGAUUUCAAGUUUAGCUGGUUUUCUUAACCAUAUAAUCCCAAAUGUGUUUUCCUGUUGUUCUUGAUAAGUAUGGCUGAUCAUUUUAAAGGAAAUCCUGUUUUUGAGAGUCUUUUUUGACAUGCUAGAGUGACUGACUGAAUGAAUGAAUACAAUGUAUGUUUAAAAGAAAUUAUGCAAUUAAAUUAAGUUUUAAUUUUUUGGAGCAUCUAUUUGUUUCAUACCUUAAGCUAUACUACUCUUACAUGAGUUACUGAAAUUUACAUUCAUACAUUUAGUUACCUCUUACUGGUUUAGCUCUCAUAAUGGUAGAAGCAAAAUAAACUGUUCACCUAAAAAGAGAUUAAUAUUUAUGUGGGUGUGAAAAAUUACUCUCUAAUGGGAACAGAUUGUUAAUGCUUUCCGUAAGCCUUUCUGGCAAUGCCUGAAAUUAAUUCAGUACUGGGAACGGAGUGUGCAUUUCAUUCUCUGUAAACAUUCUCCGUAUUCUCUGUUGUUAUGGUCUCAUUUCCAUUUGUACUCAGAAUAGUGAUUUGAAUGUACAGAACAAAAAAAUUAUUCUUUACGGCCAUAAAUGUGAACAGUGUUUUAGCAAUAAAAAAGGAAAAAGGUGAAAUUUGGCCUUUGAAGAACAGAUUACCACAUUUACAGGUAAGUAAUUGGGUCCUUCCAGAAUGUUACCUAAUUCCAAGCUUGGUGUACUAAUUAAUUUAAUAAAAUUGGAAUGUUUGUGCCAUCCAUCACAGAAUAUGUGAUAAACUGCACACUCUUGAAGGAAACAUAUUUUCGUACUUUGUGUUUUUACGAUUAAUGCUGAACAGUGGUCUCAGUCUUGAAUCAUCCUAACUCUGAUCCCCUAAGGGUCAUGUGAAAAGACAAUUUCCUCACGGAGAUUAAUACAGUGUAUGAAAUACCAAAUAAAAACACUGGAAGCCUACUUGUGAAAUGAUUUGAAAGGUAUUAGACAGCCUUACCUGUUUAACUUCCAUUUUAAAAAUAUCACAAAUAUCUGGUUAGGCUAAUAGAAGAACAGUCAAAAAAUUUAGAUAUGUACUGAGCAAAUUAUUGGAACUGUUAGCUAAUUUUGUUGAGAAGCAGAUCAUUUUCCAGUGUGCAUCUUUCAAGUCAAUUUUUGAUUUAAUAAACAAAAAUGCCAAGA